AUGAAAAACCUGGUAGCUGCGAGGACUACAAACAGCAUCUUGCUACUGACGACGACGAUACUCGCGUUAGGCAUCGUACUUUCCAAUGGCGCCCCAGAGGGCAACUACGGAGACCUGGGUCUCAUCGAUCAUCAAGUGGGGACUGAUCCCGUACCAGCAGGAAGUCACCAGUCCUCAGCCGUUGCUGCUGUCGAUCUUGUUCCAGCUGCCACAGGUUACGGAGGCUACGGAGGAGGCGAUUCGCACAAGGGGCAUAAAGGUCACUACGGAGGGCAUCACGACAAGGGCGGGUACAAGGGCCACAAGGGUUUCCAUGACGACCACGGUUAUAAAGGCCACCAUCAUGGUGACUACGGCAAGGCACACCACGGGGGGUACCAUGACGACCAGGGCAAGCACUACAAGGGUCACCAUGACGAUCACAAGUACUACGGCGAUGCCCACCACGGCAAGAAGGGCAAAAAGGGCGACCACUACGGAUCCAAAGGCCACCAUAACAAAGGACACAAAGAAAAGGGUCACAAGGACGUCUACCACAAGGAAGAGUACCACCACAGCAAGAAAUUCUACGACGACGGAGACCAAAGCAAAUACCACAGCAAAUACGACGACUUCGACUCUUACUUUGAUGCCCAUAAGGGCAAGGAUUACAAAGGGGGACACUAUAAGGGAGGCCACCACCACGACAAACAUGGUAAAAAGGGCCAUUACGAUCAUGGAAAAUACCACGACGACCAUAAGGGCCACAAGGGUCACUAUGGAGACGAGGGCCACUAUGGACACAAAGCCCAUUACGGAGAUCAUGGAGGCCAUCAAGGCUACCACGGACAUCACGACCACCACGGAUAUGGAGGCCAUGAUCACGGUCAUGGUUACCAUUAA